AUGGAUGAUUACAAGGUGAUAUUUAUCUAUAUUGACGCUGAUUCUGAUUUCGACUUUAGUAUAACAAAUUCUUUUGUGGUUUUUAGCUUCAAGUUUCAACGUUGGACACAGUCUAAGCCUUUCCCUUAUUCGGGUUUUCUUGGUGAUAUGGUCACUGUGAAUGGAGUGUUACACACGGCUGCUUUUUGGAGAAUUGUUUGGCCAAGAUACUUUGAUUCUUACUAUCUUAGUGAAUAUCAUUCCUCUUUGAGUUUGAGGUCGAGUUCAUCAAACGGUGAUGACAAUAAAAGCUCCCUAUAUGAGCGGGAUUUCCGUCAAAUAUAUGUGACUGUUUACUAUGAUAUGGUGGAUGAGAAGUUCAAGGAGAUGCCACCACCAAAUUGUUUAAAUAGAGGGGACAAGUUUCGUUUGGCGGUCAUGAGUGGAUGUCUGAGUUUAUAUUGUAACACGAUUGAUGAGAACUAUGCUGAGGUGUGGACCAUGAAGCAAUAUGGUGAGCAGAAUUCUUGGACUAAGUUAUUUGUCAUCCCUCAUUUGGUGAGAGUAACACCAACACAUCUAGUUUAUGUGAUGCCAUUGUGUGCUACGAAGAAAGGUGAUGAAGUCGCGAUGAUAGUUGACGACGGCCUAAGGAUAGCCAUCUAUUAUCCUGAAGAAAAAAAAAAGUUCAGGGGUCUUCAGCAUACAUGUAUACCUCGAGAGUCUUGA